GCGAGUCCUCUGGACAGCCCUCACCCUCUCCCUUAACUGUCAAUCACAGGACGGUGAUACCGGCAUGGUCCAGAUUUACGCACGAUCUUGACAGCAUCACCACGCGAUUUCAUAUACAAUCGGCUGCUCUUGAGAAUGGCGACCUGGAAAGUAUUGUCAAGAUCGGAAAAAGUCUACAGAACUAUAACCCGCAGAUUUAAGAUCACCACAAAAUCAGUGAACCAGGCGUGUGGCUGCUAUUUCUCCACCUCCAGCAACAGAGGAGUGAAGUUCUUCAGCGACCCCACAGAGGCUGUGAGGGACAUCCCUGACGGAGCCACGCUGUUGGUGGGAGGUUUCGGUUUGUGUGGAAUUCCAGAGAAUCUAAUCAACAGCUUACUGAAGACAGGGGUGAAGAAAAUCACUGCGGUCAGCAACAAUGCUGGGGUGGAUAAUUUUGGGCUGGGUCUGCUCCUUCAGUCCAAGCAGAUUAAACGCAUGAUCUCAUCCUAUGUUGGGGAGAACAUGGAGUUUGAGAGACAGUACCUGGCUGGGGAGCUGGAGGUGGAGCUCACACCACAGGGCACGUUGGCGGAAAGGGUUCGGGCGGGGGGUGCAGGCGUUCCCGCCUUCUUCACAGCCACAGGGUUUGGCACCCUAAUCCAGGAGGGGGGCACACCCAUCAAAUACAACAAAGAUGGCAGCGUGGCCAUCGCCAGCGAGAAGAGAGAGGUGCAGGAGUUCAAUGGCCGAAAUUAUGUCAUGGAGCGCGCGAUCACCGGCGACUUUGCCCUGAUCAAGGCCUGGAAAGCGGACAGGGCCGGAAACAUUAUCUUCAGAAAAACGGCCAGAAAUUUCAAUCAGCCGAUGUGCAAGGCAGCCAAAGUCACAGUUGUGGAGGUAGAAGAGGUGGUCAACGUGGGGACAUUUGCUGAAGAGAACAUACACAUCCCGAGUAUCUACGUGGACCGCAUUGUGACUGGAGGUAGCUACCAGAAGAGGAUUGAGAAGCGCACGGUUCAGAAGGACCAGGCCCAGAAACCCAAACCCAAGAAGGAAUCGGACCUGGUGCGGGAACGAAUCAUUCGCCGAGCCGCGCUGGAGUUCGAGGACGGGAUGUACGCUAACCUCGGCAUCGGGAUCCCCAUGUUGGCCAGCAACUUCAUCUCGCCCAAUAUCACCGUCCACCUGCAGAGUGAGAACGGCAUUCUGGGACUGGGUCCCUACCCCACUGAAGAUGAGGUGGAUGCGGACCUCAUCAACGCGGGUAAAGAAACGGUCACUGUGCUUCCUGGUGCCUCUUACUUCUCCAGCGACGAGUCAUUCGCUAUGAUCCGGGGGGGCCACAUUAACCUGACAAUGCUGGGGGCCAUGCAGGUGUCCAGAUACGGAGAUCUGGCUAACUGGAUGAUCCCGGGAAAGAUGGUGAAGGGAAUGGGCGGAGCCAUGGACCUGGUCGCCAGCGCCGCAACCAAAGUGGUCGUCACCAUGGAACAUUCCGCCAAGGGCGGCAAACACAAGAUCCUGGAGAAAUGCGCCCUGCCACUGACUGGGAAACAGUGCGUGGACCGCAUCAUCACCGAGAAGGCCGUCUUCGACGUGGACAAAAGCAAAGGCCUCACCCUCAUCGAGAUCUGGGAGGGGCUGACGGCGGAUGACAUCAGGGCGUGCACGGGCGCGGAGUUUGAGGUGUCUCCAAACUUGAGACCAAUGCAGCAGAUAUGAGGGCCAACCAACGACCUAAAGGAAACAUAGCAUCAAGACCGGAGACCAGCUUUACAAGAUGCUCCAGUGUGAAGAAAAAACGGCUUCUGUUAAAGCUGCGUGUGUGUUUUGUAUAUCUGUACAAAAUAUAAAUACAAAAAAACUUUCACUGUUACAGCAAGGGUGCAAAGCCCCCUUUUAAUCUGCUCAAGGCCCGUCUCGUGAAUUAAAUGGCAAAUGCUACUAAUCUAAUUUUUACCUCUUUACCUUUCCUUCAUUUUGACUGGAUGUGGAUUGUAAAUGUGGUGAGUUCUGUAUAAUUGAAUGUGGUUCUGGCACUGCCCAUCAAACCAGCUCUCUGUAGCAACUCUGGGGAGAGGCUAAGGGUGUUGGAUCUGUUUCUUGUGAACACCCUUCUCAACAGACUGUGCUCAUUUACUUGUGUUUGAAGUGUAGUCCCGGGCAAAUUGAUAAUUGGUGUGUAUGACCCUGCUGAACGUUCCAGCUAAGACCAGCUGGGAUUCUAAGAUAGUUUAAGACGGUUUAAGAUGUGUUUUUUGACACUUGUAGCUGGUCAUAGCUGGUCUGUGGCAUCGUCAAAGCUGACCUCUAGCUGGACAAAGCUGGUUAAGCUGGUAGAGUAAGCAGGUGGUCGAACUGGUGGACUACCCGACUGUAUAGGCUGGUCAACUGGUUGUCCAACUAAGUGUCAAAAACACAGCUUAAACCAGCGUGACCAGCUAAGGCUGGUUUAAGCUGGAAUUUUCAGCAGGGAACGCAGUGAACCAUGGUGAUACCACCUCCUGUAAAUGUGACUGAGCUCUCAAAAAUAAAUACAUUAUGGGAUGGAAAA